CCGUGAAACAAAACAAAUCGUGCCGGUGCUCGGUGCUCGGCGCACGGCUGGAGUCACCCCAAUAAACCCUACCCGCCCCUCCGCUGCCCCGCGGGCCCCUUCCCGUAUGGACGGGGCCCAUACCGCCGCCGGCUCGGGCUGCUCGGAGGCCGGCGGGGCGUCCUCCGCCUCGUCGUAUGGCGGCGGCUCGGAGUCCCGAUUUCGGCUGCACAAGGGGGUGCACCUGCGGCGGCGGCGGCGGCGGGUGGCGGUCGGGGGAGGGGGGAGCAGCAAUAAGGGCGGCGCCGGUGACGGCGGCGUGCAGGACCUCGCGCUGCCCCUCGGGAUGUCCUUCGCGGCGGUGCUUGCUCAGGUUCUGAAUAGAUGCAGUGGUUCUGGAAGAAGUUUACAACCUGAUGUCCUCUCAAAGAUGUGUAUCUCAGCUGUGAAGGAGUCCUUGACAAAUAUUUAUGGUGACAGAUUCGAGAUUUUCAUGAGAAAUUUUGAAAAAUCAUUUGGUAGUACAUUGAGAACCCUCCACCUUAUCAAUGAGACACCUGUCUAUGAACAAGAUAUGCCUCAAUGUUCUUACAAAGGUGGUAAUUCUGUAUCUGAAAUCAAGUUGAGUGGUACUGAUUCACAAAGUUGGAUACAUGAUGUCCAGAAAGACACACCCUUGAGUUCCAUAGAUAAUCAGAUCAUUCUUCAUGAGGGUGUCAAUCAUCAGCUGGUUCACCUUACUCAUAGUCGAACUGCUCCAGGAAUUGAUCAGGAUGUUAUGAGUGUAUUCGAGAGAUCUGUCAAUGAGCAAGCUCGUUCAAAUGAGCUCAAGAAACUUGAAAUAGGACUUACUAUGAGAGAAUUGCAAUUGAAGGAAUCUCAGUUAGCUCUCAUCUCCGACUCAAAUGAGUUAGAGAAGGUUAAAAUUCGUGUGGGAUUUGAGAGAGCCUCUUUCAAAGAGGAGAAAUUUAAGACUCAAAGAGAGGAUACAAGGCAUGCAGAACUGCUCAGGAAGCUUAUAGAUAUGCUUCUUACUGCUGUGGUACUCAUGUCUGCCUGUUUUGGAUACGGGACAUAUAUUUACUCGUACCAGCGGAUAACUGCUGUUACUUCAGCUUGUGCAGCUGCUUCAAGGGAGUAUACAUCUUGGUGGAUGCCAAGUUCAGUGUCAGCUUUCAACUCGGGGUUUCUGAUUUUCAAAUGCAAUUUAAUAGCAUCAGCGAGGAUAUCAUUUGGAGUUUUGAUGAUCCUAUUAAUCGCUUGGUUGAUAUUCCAGCGUUCUGCAAUGACUGGACCAAACAUGCCAAUAACGUUCAACGGUAUGUUAUUGGGAGUUGUUUGUGGUUGGUUUGGAAGGAAAUGUGUCGACACACUGGGUGGGGAUGGAAAUUUAUGGCUUGUAUUCUGGGAGGCCCUUUGCUUCAUCCAUUUACUUGGAAACAUUCGGCCAUCUGUUUUACAUCGAAUGCUCUAUGGUCCUAUUUCUGUGACAAACAGCACCAAGGCCGUUCGUUUACCAUAUUGGGCUCGCCGAUAUGCAUUUUAUGUUUUGGUGUCACUUAUCCUGCCAUGCUUGGCUGGUUUGCUGCCAUUUGCACCUCUGUCAGACUGGAUAGAACUUGCAAUUCAAUAUGUAGUGUCCAUGCUCAGUGGAAGUAACAUUGAGGAUUGACUAUUGAGAUCAGGUGUCGUUAUUUGUAAGCUCAAAUCUAUUCUGCGAAGGUGGAGAGGAUUUGCCCACUUUUGUUCAAGUCAAACAUAUAUGAAAAUUGGAUUUCAGGAUAGCAAGGAGGAAAGCUAUUUUGUUUGACUUCCACCUAGACAAACUUAUUGGCAUGAAAGAAAAAUGUUUGUGCCUUGUGGCGAAACAUCAGAUUGAUCAGAUUGUGAUAGUUGUGCUCCUUUGUGCAUUGUCAAUGACAGCAGGAGCAAGAUACUUAAUUUUACAAUGCAACUUCUUGUCACCAGGCAAGCUUGAAUUAUAUUAUAAGCCUGCAAUUUCAUUCCCUCUUUUUGUGGCCCUUUUGUGCAAGGACAUUUGUCCUCAGUGAUUGGAAUCUGUAGGUAUGAUGUAAUUUCAUAUGUUAGUCUCCCAUAAGCUGCGGACUUUCCUUCCAUCGGAAUUCACUCCACAUCAAACUGCUGCUUGUACGUAGUUUCUCACAUGUAUGUUGUACAGGGAAGCUUACAAGCUCAAUGUGUCAUUUCUGUUUAUUUGCACACAUCAUUCAGAUUUGUUGUGUAUAUAGCAGUAAUGUACAAUUAUGUAAAUAUGUAAAGAGUUGUGUCUGCUUCCACGUUAAUUAUGUGUACUAGUUUUUCAAUGGAACUUGCUUAUGUUUGUGCAA